AUGUACUUUCGUGUUUCUGGUCAGUGUUAAACGUGUUUUUUCGGUAGUAGGUGAAGUCUAAUGGUUGAAGUCAACAAAGGAACAGAGCAAAAGUUGCGUCCAUCCGACUUGAAUUGUAACUAACGAAUGGAAAAGUCUUGCCAAAGGGAAAUGUACAGCGCAACAAACUGCAACUUUUCGCCUACUGACGUUAAUCAUUAUUAAUUUGUAUCUGUCGGUUUUCUCGGAUCUACUUUUUUUCUGUGGGUUUUCAUUUCAAUUCUCACUUUUUGAGCGUCGGGAAAUAGCGAUUUGAAGACUUAAUGUUCGCCACUUCCGCAAUGCUCCAGACAGAGUUAUAAAGUUGUAGCCUAUUUUUCUGUUGUUCUAAGGGAAGUGGUAGAAUAGAGGAACUAUGGCUACAGCAUCGAGCCUGAGUCUCAUGAAGCCAACAGACCUGAUCAAGAAAGAGCCUUUGGAUUAUGGAGGGUUUGGGGAAGUGUACCUGUGUUACCACAAAACACUAGGCCAGGUGGUGUUAAAGACAGUCUACACUGGACCGCCUCGCAUCGGGCGCCAGAAGCAGUCUCUCCUGGAUGAAGGCAGUCUGAUGAGCAGACUCAACCAUCAGCGAGUGGUCAAGCUGCUGGGUGUGAUUCUGGAAGACGGAGACUAUUCUUUAGUGAUGGAGCUCAUCCCGAACGGAAACCUGCUCAGCAUGCUGGAGACGGUGACGGUUCCAAUAUCUGUGAAAGGAAGGAUCAUUCUGGAAAUCUUGGAGGGAAUGGUUUAUCUCAUGGAGAACCAAGUUAUUCACAAAGAUCUAAAACCCGAGAACAUCCUGGUGGACAAGCAUUUCCAUAUAAAAAUAGCAGAUCUGGGUCUGGCCACAUCUGAGGCGUGGAGCAAGCUGACGAAAGAGGAAUCUCGCAGACAGAGUCGCCUGGGAAAGAAGUCGUGUUUGCGCGGCGCCGGCACGCUGUGCUAUAUGGCCCCGGAGCACCUCGGGAGCAUACACACCCGCUCCACCGAAAAAUCUGACGUCUACAGUUUUGCCAUAGUCGUUUGGGUCAUCCUCACGGGCCGUGAGCCGUAUGAAAAUGCCAGAAGUGAGGAUCAAAUCUGCCACUGUGUGUGUCAGGGGGAACGGCCCAAUGAAGCGCUAAUCCCGAGUGACACACCUCAAGAGAUCAUAGACCUCAUGAAGACGUGCUGGAAGGAGGAGUGCAAGGACCGCCCCACAUUUAAAGAUAGCUAUGAGAGCUUGUUACCGUUUUACAGAGAAAAGCUGGAACCAAAUGUAAAAGCGGAUUUGGAAAGUCUGAUGAGAUUGUAUCAGGGCCCUGAGGAGCUUGUAGAAAAAAUGAAAUCCCUCACAACAGACUCGCUCACUCCUGAAGACCCUUCGCCAUCUUCCAGAGACUCUCCAGCGCCCUUGAGGAGCUCGGACAUCGGGCCGGUGGAGGCCAGCAUUGAAGAUCUCAGCUUCAGGACGGCUGAAGAGUCUCUCCUGGAGAUGGACGCAGCUCCUCCCAGCUCUCCACAUCUGGAGCUGAAACUGGCACAAGAGUACAACUAUCACAAAUAUGGCAGUCGAAUAGUCGAUCAGCCAGACUUGCCAUCGCACAGCGUCCAUAAUCCGCCCCCACAGCAACCGGCCAGUAGCAGGUGGGCCGGAGAUGUGUCUGCUCAGAUGUCUUCUGUGAAACCCACCACUUACCCAACCCCGCUGGACAAUCUCUAUCUGAGACCGGCUGCUGCGACUUCAUUAGACAGUUCUCACAGGCAGGACUUUGCAAGUCAGCUCUCGAUGUCCUAUUCUGAGGUGGACAGACUUAAACAUCCUCAUCAUCCAACAUACGAUCGUUUCAAGUCCUGCCCAGAUAGUGGAUCAGCAGCAGAGUCUUUCAUACCGGAUUCAAACCCUGGUCUGCGUUUUAACUCGCAACUCGUAUGUCCUCCGUCUGACUCGGGGUGGCCUGUGAACAUCUCGAAUGCCAAAGCAAUUCAAAUCGGGAAUUGCAACACGAUGAAUUUGCGAAUGACUGAUAGCAGCCCAUCAUUCCUCAGCUCUUUAUCCACUGGAUCUGCCAACAGAACCAGAUAUAAUGAGCUUCUAUCGAAGUACGAGGACCACACCGUGACCGAAGAUCACCUGGAGCUCGUGCGGCAGAACGUCGGUGGGAACUGGAAGCAAGUGGCUCGUAAACUGGGUCUGACUGACAUAGACGUGGACACCAUCGAGCACGACUACGGCCGCGACGGCCUGGCAGAGGUGGUGCACCAGAUGCUGGAGCGCUGGAAGAUGAAGGAGGGUCUGCUGGGCAUCACCGUGGGUAAACUGUGCCGCGCGCUGGAGGGCUGCAUCAAAUCCAGCGUCCUCCUACAGCUGCUGGAGUCCUGAAACACAGCCGUAUGCCAUACCUGUCAACAUCUGGACUCCUAAAUAUGGGAGAUCUGAACGGGGGGGAGGGGGUGUACAU